CCAAGACAGCCAAUCAAGUAGGGGCUCGUUCACUCACACGGAAGACAAUCCGGCUCUUCCCCAUCAUGCCCUCAUUACUGGAAAUGCACUGGUAAGUAAAUUCCAUGAGCGAGGACUGGGACACUCAAUGCUGUGUCGGUAGAAAGUGUACAGACAAGCCGUUAUCGCAGAAGCUGAAGGGUCCUUGGAUGAUGCACUUCGGUUAUACAGAAUGGCUUUCAGACUCGAUUCGAACGUGGAUCGAGUGUUUUCUUCCGGAGAUUACCUGCUUUCCCUGCGUAAGGCACCCCAAGCGACCACUGAGCUUGUCGCUAGCGCUCCCCACAACCCAGCUUCAAUCGCUAGAGGUGUCCUUACAACCUCGUCUAUUUCCGAGAGCAUCAGCUUUGCCCCUCUAGUGGAGAACUUGCCAGUUCCGAUACAACACUUGCCAACCGAGCUCCUCGUUUACAUCCUUCGGUUUUUCUCCUUGACUUGCAAUUAUACGGCUCUAGAGAGGUUUGGUGCUGUUUGCAAGAAAGCCCGCGUGCUCACAAUGGAUAAUUCCUUAUGGCGCGAUAUCGUCCGACUACUGUAUCAGCCACCCCAAAUUCCUAAACACGCCAUCAUUGCCGAGAUUGUCAAUUCAUCAUAUGGGAAUGACUAUAGACGCACCCUCAUUUUGCACCCUCGGGUACGUUUUGAUGGAGUUUACAUUGCAGUGUGCCAUUGUAUGCGACCUGGGUUCAGUGACAAUGCUUGGGUCAAUGUCAGCCAUCUUGUCACCUACCAUCGAUAUCUCCGCUUUUUCCAGGAUGGUUCGGUUCUGUCCUUGCUUGCCAAUGAGGAUAAUCCAUCAGAUGUUGUACAACAGCUAAAAACCUCAAUCGUGCGCUCCGGCCUUUGCACUGGAAGAUGGCACGUAAUUGGCUCCGAAGUAUUCAUACAUGAUCUUUUCGACUCUGGUGGCAAUGUUGCAAAAUAUGCAUUUGAGAUGUCUUUAGCCCUGCGAUCAAAACCUCUCGGGCGUUGGAACAAACUCGAAAUGACCCAAUAUCAAACCAAACGAGUAGACACUGGAGAGAUUGAUGUAUUACCACUAAAGAAUGAGAGGCCAUUCUGGUUCUCUAAAGUACGAUCUUAUCACUAUUGUCACCAUUAGGUAGGUGCACCUUGUGGUGCUGCUGUCAAUUUCUGUGGAAAGGACUGUAUCUGAG